GAUGUUUUUUUUUAGACAUUGACUGAAGUUGUAAAGGUGUGCCGGUGCCUUCGGAUCAGACGCACACCAACAUCAGGACUGACAAAGAAGAAAUGAGCGGCGUCUUCUUUAAAUUAAGCAGGUGUAGACUCCACUAUGAAUCAGUGUGAGGGCAGAGAGGAGGGAGUCCCAAUACCCUGCUGUAAGUUCAUUAAAGAUCUCCGGUUGUUGUUUGAACUUCCUGAUGUCAAAGAUGGACAGCAGCCUACAGUUCAAAGCCCAGAGCAGCAGCAGCACACACCUGACUCUCCUGGACCUGGACCCAGCUGUGUGUCCUCCAAAGGUGACUGGUCUAUUGUUGUUAUGGUCUAUGGACCUCUUGAGUUGAAAGAUGGACACCAGUCUGAUGAUCAAAAGAUCCAACAUGAGAGACCAGUCUCUCCUGGACCUGAACCCAGCUGUGUGUCCCUUAAAAGUGACUGGUCUAUGGAUCGACCUAUUGACUUCAAAGAUGGAACACAUUCUGAUUACCAAAGGAUCCAACAUAAUAGACCCGGCUCUCUUGGACCUGAAGCUGGACCUGAAGCUAGCUGCAUGUCCCUUAAGAGUGACUGGUCUAUAGAUCGACCUAUUGACUUCAAAGAUGGAAAGCAUUCUGAUCGCCAAAGGAUCCAAUAUGAGAGACCAGUCUCUCCUGGACCUGAACCCAGCUGUGUGUCCCUUAAGAGUGACUGGUCUAUGGAUCGACCUAUUGACUUCAAAGAUGGAAAGCCGUCUGAUCGACAAAGGAUCAAACAUGAGAGACCAGAUUCUCUUGGACCUGAAGCUGGACCUGAACCCAGCUGUGUGUCCCUUAAGAGUGACUGGUCUAUGGAUCGACCUAUUGACUUCAAAGAUGGAACACAUUCUGAUCAACAAAGUAUCCAACAGCACAUACCAGUCUACUGUGCACACAGUUGUAUGUCCAUGGAAAGUUACCACUUAAGAACGUUUUAUGCCAAGAUACAAGAAAAUCGUUUUAGCAAAGUGCAGGAGCAGAGAUCAGAGGUUCCCAUUGGUCAGUUUGCUCGGCAGCAUCAGACACAGCAUGACUCUAUAUUUAUGUUGCUGGAGGAAAACAUUGUCACUUUUGUGAAAAACGAGCUGAAGAAGUUCCAGAAAGUUCUGAGUCCAGAUUACCCAGAAUGCUCACAGAGUCAGAGUGAGGAUCAGGAUGAAGAGCAGAGGAGCAGCAGAGAGGCAUUUCUUAAGAUCACACUGCAGUUCCUGAGGAGAAUGAAGCAGGAGGAGCUGGCUGACCGUCUGCAGAGCAGAACUAAUGCUGCAGUAAGCCGACGAAAACUUAAAUGUAACCAGCAAAAGAAGUUCCAGUGUGUGUUUGAGGGGAUUGCUAAAGCAGGAAACCCAACCCUUCUGAAUCAGAUGUUCACAAAGAUCUACAUUACAAAGGGAGGGACUGCAGAGGUCAAUGAUGAACAUGAGGUCAGACAGAUUGAAACAGCAUCUAGGAAACCAGAUAGACCAGAAACAACAAUCAGUCAUGAAGACAUCUUUAAAACCCCACCUGGAAGAGAUGAACCAAUCAGAACAGUGAUGACAAAGGGAGUGGCUGGCAUCGGGAAAACGGUCUUAACACAGAAGUUCACUCUGGACUGGGCUGAAGGCAAAGCCAACCAGGACAUCCAGUUCACAUUUCCAUUCACUUUCAGAGAGCUGAAUGUGCUGAAAGGGAAAAAAUACAGCUUGGUUGAACUUGUUCAUCGGUUCUUUAGUGAAACAAAAGAAGCAGGAAUCUGCAGGUUUGAAGAGUUCCAGGUUGUUUUCAUCUUUGACGGUCUGGAUGAGUGUCGACUUCCUUUGGACUUCCUCAACACUGAGAUCCUGACUGAUGUUGAAGAGUCCACAUCAGUGGGUGUGCUGCUGACAAACCUCAUCAGGGGUAAUCUGCUUCCCUCUGCUCGCCUCUGGAUAACCACACGACCUGCAGCAGCCAAUCAGAUCCCUCCUGAGUGUGUUGACAUGGUGACAGAGGUCAGAGGGUUCACUGACCCACAGAAGGAGGAGUACUUCAGGAAGAGAUUCACAGAUGAGGAGCAGGCCAGCAGAAUCAUCUCCCACAUCAAGACAUCACGAAGCCUCCACAUCAUGUGCCACAUCCCAGUCUUCUGCUGGAUCACUGCUACAGUUCUGGAGGACGUGUUGAAGACCAGAGAGGGAGGAGAGCUGCCCAAGACACUGACUGAGAUGUACAUUCACUUCCUGGUGGUUCAGACCAAAGUGAAGAAAGUUAAGUAUGAUGGAGGAGCUGAGACAGAUCCACACUGGAGUCCAGAGAGCAGGAAGAUGUUCAAGUCUCUGGGAAAACUGGCUUUUGAGCAGCUGCAGAAAGGCAACCUGAUCUUCUACGAGUCAGACCUGACAGAGUGUGGCAUUGAUAUCACAGCAGCCUCAGUGUACUCAGGAGUGUUCACACAAAUCUUUAAAGAGGAGAGAGGACUGUACCAGGAGAAGGUGUUCUGCUUCGUUCAUCUGAGUGUUCAGGAGUUUCUGGCUGCUCUUCAUGUCCAUCUGACCUUCACCAACUCUGGAGUCAACCUGCUGUCAGAAGAACAAAUAACCUCCCAGCUGCCUAAAGUCUUCAGAGACAGACCAAAACUAAAACAUCUCUACCAGUGUGCUGUGGACAAGGCCUUACAGAGUCCAAAUGGACAUCUGGACUUGUUCCUCCGCUUCCUCCUAGGUCUUUCACUGCAGACCAAUCAGAAUCUCUUGCAAGGCCUGCUGACACAGACGGGAAGUAAUUCUAAGACCAAUCAGAGAACAACCCAGUACAUCAAGAAGAAGAUCAGUGAGUAUCUGUCUCCAGAGAGAACCAUCAAUUUGUUCCACUGUCUGAAUGAGCUGAAUGAUCGUUCUCUAGUGGAGGAAAUCCAACGGUCCCUGAGAAACGGAACUCUCUCCAAAAGUAAUUUCUCUCGUGCUGAGUGGUCAGCUCUGGUCUUCAUCUUACUGUCAUCAGAAAAAGAUCUGGACGUGUUUGACCUGAAGAAAUAUGGCGCUUCAGAGGCGGCUCUGCUGAUGCUGCUGCCAGUGGUCAAAGCCUCCAACAAAGCUCUACUGAGUGGCUGUUACCUGUCAAAGAGAAGCGGUGAAGCUUUGUCCUCAGUUCUCAGCUCCCAGUCCUCUAGUCUGAGAGAGCUGGACCUGAGUUACAAUAACCUGCAGGAUUCAGGAGUGAAGCUGCUAUCUGUAGGACUUCAGAGUCCACAAUGUACAUUGGAAACUCUCAGAAUGACAGACUGUAACCUCUCAGAGAAAAGCUGUGAAGCUGUGUCGUCAGUUCUCAGCUCCGAGUCCUCUAGUCUGAGAGAGCUGGACCUGAGUAACAAUGACCUGCAGGAUUCAGGAGUGAAGCUGCUUUCUGAUGGAUUUCAGAGUCCACACUGUACACUGGAAACUCUCAUUCUGUCAGGCUGUUUGAUCUCAGAGGAAGGCUGUACUUAUCUGGUCUCAGCUCUGAGCUCCAACCCCUCCCAUCUGAGAGAGCUGAAUCUGAGCUACAAUCAUCCAGGAGAGUCCAGAGUGAAGCUGCUGUCUGCUGGACUCGAGGAUCCGAACUGGAGACUGGAAACUCUCAGGGUGGACCAUUGUGGAGAGCAGAGGUUACGAGCUGGUGUGAGGAAGUACUUCUGUGAACUCAGAGUGGACACAAACACAGUGAACAGACAUAUCAAACUGUCUGACAACAACAGGACGAUGACAGUAGUGAGAGAGGAGCAGCCAUAUCCUGAUCAUCCAGAGAGGUUUGACUACUGGUUUGAGCUGCUGUGUAGAGAUGGUCUGACUGGUCGCUGUUACUGGGAGGUCGAGAGGAGCGGAGAUGUUCGUGUAGCAGUGAGUUACAAAGGAAUCAGGAGGAGAGGACUCAGUGAAGACUGUUUGCUUGGAUGUACUAAUCAGUCCUGGACUCUGAUGUGCAUUGGUGAUCGGUACUGUGAUGCACACAAUAACUUUGCAGCAAUCCUCCCUGUCUCCUCCUCCUACUCUGUUUCUGAUAGAGUAGCAGUGUAUGUGGACUGUCCUGCUGGCAUUCUGUCCUUCUACAGAGUCUCCUCUGACUCACUGAUCCACCUCCACACCUUCAACACCACAUUCACUCAACCUCUUUAUCCUGGGUUUGGGUUUGGGUAUGGUUCCUCAGUGUCUCUGUGUUCUCUGUAGGAAGAGACAACUUCCAGUCCUGUGGUUUAAAUCCUGAUGGUGAACGAGGCUUCACUUUGGCUCAAAGAUUGUGUCUUUAAUGACAGAAAUCUUCUUCUUAGAAAUGAUGAAAUGAUCUACUCAGGGUAGAUCUUGUGUGCAAACUAUGUCGAAUUUGAUCAGGUUUUUAUGUUUGGGUGACAACCCAGUCUCACAGCAGUUCGUGAAAUGGUCACGUUAUUUAAUCUAUUUAUCUGUGUACAAGAACAUGUUUAUCUAAUUUUUUUGUGGUGGUAAGCACGUUUUUUAAACUAAUAUAUUUCAAUGGGAAGCAUCUUUCGUGAUCACAGCACGAC